AAAUACACCAGAGGUCCAUCUGACCCCAUUAACAAUGCGGGAGGGUUAAAGCCUUGUGAUGAAAAGAAAGAUUACUUUUAAUCUUCAUUUUUCAGUUUAUUUUAUUUCUUUUAAUAAACAAAAACCAGAGCAGCAAAACCAAUUCAUGUUGUAAAAUCAGAAAAAAAUCAGAUUUUGUUUCUCGUCUCGGAAAUGAAAAGAAGAAAGAAAAUGUUUAGAUUUUGUUCCAAAAUGAAAUCACCACUAAGAAAGCUUCAGGUCGCACGUCUGAACCUAAUCACUCGUGUAAAGUUACAUCUUGUGCUUUAGUUUUAUAUUACUGAAUAGAACAGACUUUAUUAAUCUCACAGUGGGGACAUUCACUCAUUACAGCAGCAUAUGCAUUUAGAGAAAAGUAAAAUAAUAAAAGUACAGGUAAGCUUGUGAAAUCAGUUUGGCUGUAUGGUUUGAUAAGCUAGAGGUUUAUUUAUAAAACCAUCCGACGCAAUUUGUGCCGAUCUACGCACCCUCGUGUGAAGAUCCCUAAGCGAUCCAGGGGUCAGGAGGUUGAGAUGGACACUAGAUGGCGUGGACCUCUGGUACCAGAGCUCGUAGCCAUCUCAGAGUAUGACCCGUCUAGUCUGGGUUAUCUUCAGGUGACGGCAGGAAGCGGAAGUGUCUAUUUUGCGUCUAAGGCUUUUCAGUGGUUCUUAAAAGAGCUGUUGUGUCUGAAAUCACUCGCAAGCGUUGCAGAGAGGCUUUGACCUUGAGGUCAAAAGAUAGGAUGGUCUAAAAAAUGCUUGUUCACCCCGAAGACUAACUAGAUCAGGAAGCGAUUCCUGUAUUCAUCAACUUUUGUUUAUAAAUGUGUCAAAUCAGAAUUUGACACGUUUAAAGGUAUUACCAAAACACCUGAGAAUCCACGCCUUCACUCAGAUACUCAGAGAGGUUAAUUCUCAGUGUGAAGUGGAUGUUAAACCCUUAAUAUUAAUCUUAUGAUAUAUGAGUAUAUUGAUAGAUUAACUUGUUAAAUACAAAAAAAUACUUUAAUCAAAAACGUGAGUAGAAGGUAAAUUCUGCAAAGUCCUGCUGUGAGAUUAAGAACAUUUGCACGACUUUCUCUGCAAAUUUGGUCUAAAACACAGUAAAUGCCUCAACUUUCCCUGAUAUUUAACUUGCUGGUUAUUCGCAGUUUUAGUGUCAGUGUUUAAUCACUCUAAACCGGUUUUAACAAGAACAGAGGGGAUCUUCAGUCGGACUGAGGGAAUUCAACUGGAAAAACGUCACAGAGCGACGUGCGAGUAUCCUAGUUUCAUCAUUUUUGUCCGGUUGUAAAGUUGGAGGAACAACUAGUGCUGAAAUGUCAAGAGCAGAGUCGAUAAAAGGGGCGGGCUGGUGUUUCUAAACGCUCUGACACGCCUGAGAGCAGCUGAGGUGAACCUUCGUCUGGGGAAAUGUGGGCCUUCAAAGCUGCUUCCUGUCUGAAACAUUUAGUCAUUUAAUUAUAAUCACUCAUGGUGAUUCAAGACUUUUACCAAAUUCUGUAUGAGUUGUACUGGGGCAGAAAAAAUGACACACCUUUGUAACGAUUAAAUUUACAUGUUAUUUAAUGAACCAUAAGAUGUGAGAUUCCAUAGGAAAUAUGAAAUCAAUCUUAUGGAUCUUUGGAUAAUUUAAACCAGAAGAUUGGAACUUUUUAUUGCAGGGAUUAUGUAACAGCUUCGUAUUCACCCAGAGACAAAAGAGAGUCAAGUUUUGAAAGUUUAACGAUUUAUUAUUAAACAAAUUAAAACUAGACUAACUUUUAACACUAAAUGUAUGGUGUAACUAAGGCGAAGUGAGACGGAGAAUGGUGUAGUGUGGAAUGUUGUUCAGAACCAGCAAAUCCGGAGAAACGAUUAGUUCUGAUGGGAGUGAAGACUGUGAUCAGUAGUAUUUUACUAGUUAUUAUAAUCCUGGACAUUUGCACUAGACACUAAUGACACGUAAUGCUAAUGUCACACGGCACAUUCCCUUUUGUCUGAUCCAAUCAGAACCUUCGUUUCUGGCGCAAGGCGUGGUUAUCUGUGGUGUUUGUAUAAACCCUCUUUUUCAUGUCAAAUUCUGAUUCGCCAGUAAACCAAAAUAUGACAAUUAUAAAAACUAUUCCACGCCACCUUUUCUUUAGUUCCAGCGUUCUAGAGAAGUCUCGGACCGGCCAUCCGGACUUCCUCUUCAGCCAAAAGAACCUCGACAAGCUGGAUAAACCUGUGAUUUAUCACAAUCUGCUGGGACUUGCCGUGCGUCACACAAACGUGCUUUUCCUCCUCUGCCAGAACACAGGAGGGCGCUUCUCUCGGGCCUCGGCCAGUGAUAACCUGUCGUGACCUGGAAGCAUUCUGAGACUAGUUUGGUCGGCACUACCGGCUUCGGUACCAAGGAGGGUCCAAGAGGACCUCGGCAUUCUGGAUCUAAACGGAGGCUUCCCCUGGGGUGUGGUGCUUUACCAGCAGGAGGUGAAGGAGCUGCAUCAAAGGGUCAACACGAGGGAUGUGGGAGCUCCUGUUUAACGCUGGACACCUGGAGUGGAGUUCAUCCGGAGCUCUGCAGCCCUGGAGGCACCCAGCUGCUUCCUGAGGAAAUGCUCCCUCCCUCGCUCUUUAUUCUCCACCCCUCCACAUCAACACCAGCCUCUGCCAGAUGCAGGUCGUUAGGGAUUAUUUACACCGACUCCAGCGGGCAACAGUGGGUGAGUGUGUGUGGGGGGGUUUGUAAGCGUGCAUGCACCAAAAAUCAAAAUAUAAAAAUCUGUAAUAAAAUCCUACAAACCGACAGAAGCAUCAGAUCGGUUCUGGGUCUGACCACUGGACCAGGUGUGAGCCGGACCUGACUUCCAGGUAUCAGCUGAUAAGAUUCAAGAGAAGAACCUCCAGGUGAACUCGCUUUCAUCCUGGCUCUGUCUUCACUCUCAAGCAGCAGCAGAUCCCAGGAGCAGAGCAAUGACCGGGUUUCUCAGAUCUUGCUGGCUUUGUUUGUCUGCGGUCGAACUGUUUUUCAACUGUUUGUAUUUUUAGUUUUGUUGGUAUUAAGUUUGGUCAUCAGCACUUUUUUUCCACCAGAGCCGACAGACUUUCGGCUGCUUCCUUCAUUUCGACACUUGUCUUUUGCCAGCUCUUACUUUUCUGGUUCCACGCUCUUUUGCAGGGCAAGCCCGAGUCGUUUAGAAGUGGGUCAGAGGUGGCAUGUCCUGUUUGCUACUCCUGCUGUUUUCCAUGGAGGAAGUUGACACUUCUGUGGUUUCACUUUAUUUGGAUCCCCACCCUUGUGCAUCGGAUAUUUUCCCUACAUCAUACGUCCUGAACACACGACAGGGAAUCUCUUAUCAUAGAUGAAUCAUGCCAUCGUGCUACCAGUUUGUCUGAGCUGUCCGUGCCGAUAUAUUGUCUUUGAUUUUCUCUACAUGUUGCUAUGCAUUAUGGGUAAACAUCUCCACUUUGGUCUCAUUGUUGCAGAGGACUUGAGGUUUGUUCCGAUGCAGCUUUGCUGCUUUAUCGAUUUUUAGAGAGAAAAUGGUUUCUCCAUCUUCCUCUAGCUUGUUCAGUCUUUUCCUAACUGUCCUUUCAUGAACUUUAACCUUUAACCCGUGACUUGAGGCCCAUCGAGUCUGAGAUUAAGCUCUCAAUGUUUUCACCAAUUCUCUAAACAUUGACCUCCGACCUCUGGGUGGAUUUGCUGGGACGUCCACCCCGUGAAGAUUGGCAGCUGUCCUAAAUGUUUUCCACUUGUAGAGAAACUUUCUCUCCAACAGUUUGAAAAUGACCUUUAACCUUUUCCCACAUUGUUGGGCAGCAACAGUCGCUUCUGUGAGAUGUUUUUCUUCCUUGUGUUGAAGCUGAUAUAACAAAUUUGGAGAGCAAAUGAGACUAAACCAUUUUUUUCAUGCCUCUUAACAGCAUUCUUACAAAGUACAACUGUAAAUAUAAUGUGGAGAUUAAAAAUAAAUAAAUUAAAUGAUCAUAUUUGUCUAAAAACCUCCACCAAUAACACGACUCUUAACCAACUAUUGGACCAUGCGGUUGUCGAUCUCACUGAACCCUGGGUCCUCCACUCAUUACGCACGUAAUUAGCAACAGAACACCGCUGGUGUGAGAGGAUCUAGAGGCCGACCGAUGUGGUUUUUUAAAUGUCCGAUACUGAUUUUUAAAAUAAUUUAGUUGCUGAUGACCGAUUUAAAGCCGAUUACUAAGGCCGUAUAUUUGUUCUGUGUGUCUGCGUCUCCUUUGCUCUAUCGCUUCCCUAAUCCAGAUACGUACAGAAGAUGGAUUAAGGAAGCGAUGGCGAUAAGGAGUCGCAGACACAACACCAUUAACAGAGACGACGGUGUUUACACGUUGGAUCACACAUGGGUUAUCAGCGUGAAGGAUGCGGGCAGCAGAGGGCGACAUCGUCCUUUGCUGCCCGCACAUAAACGGACGUGAUGCCACGAACAGCUCGAACAGCUCUGACGAAGGCAGAAGUUCCGGCCGAAACACGUCAGCCAAAGGAAGGUCCCGCUGAGAUUAAAAACCUCAUUUUCAAGGGAGUCCUGGCCAAGAGGCAAAGUGGGGAGGGGGACACUCACUUUCUCAUUCCAGGUGAGUCGACUGACUCCAAAAGCUCAACAGCCGUGUUUCCACUUUAGGAGUUCCAGGAAAUUUCUGGGAGGGUAAAAAGUGACAGGAGGUACGACGUCUCUGUCUUCUCUGUCCCGUCCAAAACUUCGCUAAAACGCUAGCUUAUCACGGCUGCUUCAGCGGUGGGUUACGUCACUGAUCUGCAGACCUUAAUGACAUUAAAAAAGUUUUAUUCUGUCAAGCAAGUCGUAAUUUAAUCCCUCUGGGGGAUGAGGACAGCGGCAGUGGGGAGUAAAAAGUGGUGUUCAAAAACACCAGAAGAGUCACCAUUUCUUACAGCAUUCUGAGACCAUCAAACAAACGGCGUAAGUAACACCACAUUUUUUUGGUGUCGGGAAUUUAGAAACGGUAUUUUUAAAACAACGAGAACGCUGGUUACUUUCUUUUCCUUCCAUUCUGCUCACAGGUUGGAUGUUUGGCAACAGCUGCUGAUGUCAUUUGCUUCUGAGUUACGACCAAUCAGCAUUAAGACAUGUCCUGCUCAGCAACUCCACAGGGCCAUUUCUGAGCACAUACUGCAGUUCUGGUUCUCAGUUGGUUCCUGAAAUUGCCAGGAGUCUUUUCAAAGCGGUCUGGUGAAAGGGAGACACGCACAAAAUUACCCGGAAGUUCCGAUAGUGGAAACGAGGCCUAACGUGGCUGCUCCUGUACACUGGGUCACAGACAUCAUAUACGUAGACACCCCGUGGACUGGCGCAGCCUAUUGGAGCUGGCGUAGCAGCAGGCUGCCAUCUUGGGCUGGUGGCCGGUUGCCAUAGACGAGCCACGGGCAGCAGCCAGGCCUCCGCGCGGCACUCAGAACACUGGAGAGACAUCCCAACAUUCAAAACAGAAAACAGUCAUCAGGACAGAAAGUCCGUGUUGCUCCACCUCGUUCAGAAUGAGUUCCUGUUCCUUUAAGGGAUGUCUCCAACAUUCACCGUAGUCACGCUGAUCCAUAUUCAGAGAAAGUCCAGCGGUGGAGGGUGGGAUACCAGAGCAGGGCCAAGAGCAGAAAGCAGAGGGUUAACUCAUCAUGAGCGCCGAUAAACAUCCUGAGUUUGAAUCCCCAGAUGGAGACGGGAUGGGUGUGACUCUUCCAGAAACCUGCGAUGACGUUUCAGAGACGAAGUCACAAGAGGAGGAAGAGGAGAAGGAGGAGAACUCCGUCUGUGUGAAUGGAAUUCGGAGUGAGGGUGUCAUGGAUGCAUGUGCGAUUAAGAUGGAGGCCGAGGAGACGAGUGAGCACGAGCAGUAUCCCAAAGAGGAGGCGGAGAGAGGCAGCGAGGAUGGGAUGGAGGAGGGAUUUGAUGAGGAGAGGACGGAGGAGGACAAUGACGAGCAGAGGGAUGAAGAUGGCCUGAGCGAGCCACAGGACCUGUCGCUGAUCGAUUACUCGCGCUACAACGGCGCAGAGGCCCACGCUGCAGCGACGGCAGACGAGGCUGCAGAAGAGGGCUACGCGCCCGACGGCGUGGCCCCCCGCAUCCAGACGGGGGGCAAGUUCAGCUGCGACAUCUGCGGUCUGUCCUGCAUCAGCAUUAACGUGCUGCUGGUGCACAAGCGCAGCCACACGGGAGAGAGGCCCUUCCACUGCACCCAGUGUGGGGCCUCCUUCACCCAGAAGGGAAACCUGCUUCGCCACAUCAAACUGCACUCCGGAGAGAAGCCUUUCAAAUGCCCGAUGUGCAGCUACGCCUGCCGCCGCCGUGACGCCCUGAGCGGGCACCUGCGCACCCAUUCUGUGGAGAAGCCCUUCAAGUGCAACCACUGCAGUCGCAGCUACAAGCAGAGAAGCUCCCUCGAAGAGCACAGAGAGCGGUGCCAUGUGUACGUUCAGAGCAAAGGUCCCGCCGAGAGAGCAGAGGAUGGCCACACACCCAGGUCUCAGAUGGGCUCUGAGCGCGCGCUGCUUCUCGACCGCCUCGCCAGCAACGUCGCCAAGCGGAAAAGUUCGAUGCCGCAGAAGUUCACGGGUGACAAUGGGGUCUGUCUGGACCUGAGCUUCAACCGGGACGUUCUCCAUCGAUCUGAUGCGAAGGAGCCUUCGCCGGGCUCCCCCGGGCCUGAUGGACACCAACAGCAGUCGGUCCUCUCGGGCCCAGACGCCGACCCUCCUCCCGCUCACAGGCCCUACCCCAUCCCAUUAAGCCGCACCGACAUCGGCCCGAUAGGCCUCACAAAUGGCCACAAGAUGCCGAUUCUGGGCCUUCCUCAUGCCGCGCAGCCCCCCCUCGGCCUGGACUCCUUCCACUCUGACGGAUCCCAAAUGUCCCAGCCCGUCAUGUACAGCCUAGGGCACCUGCUGGGGGGCCUGGGUCACCAGAACGGUGUGCCACACCCUCACGGCCAGCCCAUCCCCCUGUCGCCCCUGGAGGCCCUGCGAGUGAUGCGGGCCGACGGGGAGGCGGGGGCGCUGCCCGGAGCCGUGUAUCCCUGCGGCCACUGCAGAGUCAUCUUCCUGGACUACGUCAUGUUUACCAUCCACAUGGGGUGCCACGGCUUCCGAGACCCGCUCGAAUGCAACGUGUGUGGCCACCGCAGCCGGGACCGUUAUGAGUUCUCGUCCCACAUAGCCCGUGGAGAGCACCGCCUCGAACUGAAGUAGACGGCUUCGUACACACAGACAGAUCAGACGCAGACAGACCUACUCAUAAGAGGAGUUAGUGAACGGUUUAGCGGCUGCUCUGUUUGUCUGCGUACGUGAAUGUCGGCGCCGUAGGAGUUGUCGCUUUGUUCUCAUCUGAAACGCCUGUAAAGUCUUAUUUCAGGAGUAAUUCUGCUUCUUACCACGCAUAUAUUUGUACUUCAGCACCCGUUUGUACCAUAAAGCCACGUGUGUUUCAUUCCAAGAACAAGAAAAAAGAAUUUUGUGUAUUUUGAACCCGUUGUUUUUCUACUUUUGUAAACGUGAGAAUAAAAGAUGAUCCCUCCUCCGUCA